AUGCCGAUAUCUGCUAAACAGAUUAAACAGCAGCAGUAUCCACCUCAGUACGGCCAGGUCCCCCCGUCUCAGUAUGGCCAGGUCCCCCCAUCUCAGUAUGGUCAGCAGUACGCACCCCAAUAUUCUCAACCAAUGCAUCAUAGUUCAUCGAAUGUCACCGUAGUGACAGCUGGAAUACAACCAACAGUUGUCAUUCCUGUUAACACGGAAAGGGACUGGACAGUUCCCGCCAUUCUUGCUACACUUUUCUGCUUCCUACCUACCGGGAUCUGCGCCAUUAUAGCUGCUGUUAAUGCCAGAAGCCAGUUUUUAGCUGGUGACCUAGAGGGAGGGAGAACCAGCAACGCCUGGGCAAGAGGUCUAACCAUUACUUCCAUAGUGUUGGGGACCGUGCUGAUUUCCAUUAUCAUAGCCCUAUACAUAUGGGUGUGGAGUGUGGCUACUUCUUUCAAUGAUGGCUAUUGAAAGUUAAAAACUUAAAAAUCUGGAAAAUAAUCCAGGAAUACCCUCCAACUCUUCUAAGAAAUUCCAAAAACGUUAAAGAAUAAUUCAAUUAGGCCCAUA